UGGCCGUCGUGGCGCUGCCCACGCACGUGGGGAGCGUGUCGAGAUGACGGCCCGCUCGUGUCAGAAUCCCUCCCUGCGGCUCCGCCGAGGCCGGCGCUGCGCGCCUGGGGGGGGCGCCCCGCAGCCCAGCCCCGAAUGCAGGCGGCCUGGUCGCUGCCUCCCAGCGCGUGGUGGCGCCCGCCCAGCUGUGGUACCGCAAGCUGGAAGGACUGGCGGGUCCUCCGGUGCUGCGCAGGCGGGCGGCGAGGCCCUGAGGGAAGGAGCUGUGGCGCGCGAGUUCCCAGGAGCUUUCCGCCCGGAGCCGUCACCGACCACCGCCCUGACAGGGGCCCCCGCGGCCAUUCCCAGAGCUGUGCCCGUUCACCCCUUAGCCGCAGGGCGAUGGUCCCGAGCAUCCCUGCCCUGCACUUUUCUGCGGGGCCUCUAAGUCCAGAUGAGAGAGGGUCACGAAAGCCCGCUGUGAACUGCAAAGCCUUGUACAGCUGUGACAGAUCAAAAUGACGCGCUUUCCCUCGGUUGAAGAAUUGGCCCUCCAAUCAAUGAUUAGUUCCCGAAGAGGGGAUGUGAUGCCGCCUUCUCAGCCUGCACCGCAACAGUCCCAUGAUAUGUUGGUGCAUGUAGACAAUGAAGUGUCAAUCAACCAAACUGCACUGGAGUUGAGCACAAGGAGCCACGUGCCAGAAGAGGAGGAAGAGGAGGAGGAGGAAUCAGAUUCCUGAAGGGGAAGAAGAGCCAGGGUGAAAUGCACGUGUGAACAGACAGGCAUGGGAAGGAGGCCCGAAAGCAACAUGGCACACCACGCGGCAGGGGGCUCGCUUUUUGCUGCUUCCCAAACGCUUAGACGCCAGCCGCGUGGGUUGGUGUGCUGGGCUGGUUAAGGCCAAUGGUGGAGCAGAGCCAACCUGCAAAAUCCACUUCCUCGGCAUCAGAUCUCUUGAUAAAAGCGUGAACCUGCAUGUGAGGAAACAGAAAGUGGUGUUCAAAGACCACCAAGAAGGAAAAUUCAAGAGUCCUGGGUCCAGAGAUUGUGCUGCCCUUAGAAGGAGCUCCUGGGGCCUGCCCUUGAGCAGCACUGGGGACCAGGACAGCAGGGCCAGCUGCAGGCCAAAAGACCCCCGCUCUGCCGGGUCCACCAGCUGCGAGGCCUUGGGCCACUCACUUCCCUGAGCCUGCUCUCUCCCGCUAUUAAACGGGCAGGGAGCUCUGCCUGCAGUGCCUCCCAGGGCUGGUAGAAGGAACAGAGGAACUGAUGAACUUGAAAGUGGGUGUUACACCAAAAAGGCUUUACAAACCUUGUAAGCUCAGAAAUUCACAGUAUUACUUCCCUGCUCCUUGCCCUACACCACCACCAAACAAGAUGUGGCAAGUGGAGAGUGGCUUGGGGAGAGUCCUGAAUGUAAGGUGAGCCAGUCAGUAGAAAAGGGCCCUGUCCCCAUGAAGGGCUGGGAUGGCCCUUUCUUUCCCUGGACUCCCUGGGGCUGCAGGGUCAUCCCAGCUUUCCCUUUACAUUGAUGGGAGGAUGGAGGAGACUGACAUUUGGUGUCCUGCAGCCCCAGGGUCAGCUGCAUGGCAGUGGUCAAGUCAGAGCAAGGAAUGGGCUCAGGAAGUACUGGACGGACGUGUGACGGGAGGAGAACAAAUGAAUAAACAGGUGGUGUACAAGUCUGAAAUAA